UCCUUCCUUCCUUUGCCCCCUCCCCAGGUUAACUCCUCCAAAGACCCCAGGAAAGGGGGGGGGGAGAAGAAGAUGCCCCUCAGGAGGCCGGGUUUACCUGCGGGGAGCGCCAGACCCAAAGAGCUCCAGAAUAUCCGGUGUGGUUCUCUUGCUGUCUAUCUCAGACCUGAAGCAGAGGCAUAAUGGCGGAGAAGCGUCACCUGGGCUCUGUGGGCACCGUGAGCUACAGCAAAAUCCCUCGUCUGACGGCGGAACCGGACCAACGUCUCGCCGCAGAUUUCUGCAAGUCAGGCGAUCUGCCCAACUAUGCCUCCGAAAGUUGUUAUGGCUACAAGGGAUCCUACUUCUCUUACCCUCUGCGCUACCACGACGGUCCCAAACCAUUGACUCACUGGACUCCCCCUGAGGCCUUCCCGCAUUGCGUGGCUGGUACAGCAAGUCCUCAGCUGAAAACAGAGAAGGCCUUUUGCAUGUUGGAAAGCUUUGUGGCACGGGGGCAGGCUCUUGGGCAUGAGAAGAGCAACGAGUACGCAUCCCGAGAUGCAUUCAAUGCGCAGGAGAGGUGGGCUGGCUACAUGGGCUAUCCAGGUUACGUCCCACAGGGCUGGAUCCACGGCUAUAUGGCGCAGCACUCUCCCCGAGCACCCUUGGCAAUGCCCAAGCCCAUUUACCGGCACCAUGUUUACAGCCCCGAGUCUGGUUACAGCCUCAAAAGCUCCCUCGAUUUGGGAAUGGUGACGGAAAGUGCCCUGAAGCCACCGCUGGGCACGGAAUGGCCUGCGCCUCCAUCGGGACACUCGAACUGCACAGAGAACUCGGGUUGUGGUACUUCCGUAUCCAAGAAAGCAGCCACUUUCCCACAAUUAUCUCCAAGGCCCCAAGAUGCGGCUAGCUUUUCCCCUUAUCGCAAGUCCUUUGAACAAUGCCAAGCUGAGCAAACGGCUUCCUUUCUGGAAGGAAGCUACUCCAGCAUGUACAACAGUCAGAAGAACAUCUCCGAAAUGCAUGGAAACGGUUUUGGCAAACACUCUUGGCCUAAGCUACCUCCUGCCAGCCCAAUGGCACAUCCUCCAUCCUUGAUGUACCAAGAUAGGUCAACCGCAUGCUACCCACUCGCCUCCUACCCACUGAUAUCCCAGGAGCAAAUGUACCUCUAUCAUCCAAGUUAUGCACAGGCAGAAAGGCCAAAUUCAUUUCCAGCCUGCAAAAGCUUUGACUCUCCAGGAACUGACGAGUCCUCAAUCCAUCCAGGAUCUUAUUUUUCUCCUCCAACGCCUGGGAGUUACCAUCCCAGCCAUUUGGAGAGCUACCCCUACAUGCGGACUGGGCCUCCAAUGACUCCUCGGCUUUCAAAGGAACAAGAGCACCAACCACGUUCAAUUGCUAAAGUGGCCCGAUCUCAGAAGACUUCCUACGGAGCUUCUUUGUCCCCUAGAGACUGGCACAAAGACAAGAGGGUCCCAGAGCAAGCCAAGGAGGACUUUCCGAGCCAACAGCCAGCUUCACAAUCUGGGACUUUGCAGCGGCUUCACUCCUUGGACCGGUCGCCUGGCUUCUUUGGUGACUUUGCGCAAAUCCAAGAGACCGACUCUGGAGUGAGCGUUUGCCCUUCAGAGAAGGCAAAGACACGGGGAAAGGAUCCCUCUCAAGUACCCAAACCAUCCUCGUUAAGUUGUGAUGCCAAGAAGAAAAGUGUUGACAAUCACAAAAUGGAAUCGGAAGCUUGUAUAAUUAUUUCUGACAGUCCAGGCACGCCCCGCAGUUCCUGCUAUAAGACAAGUCAAGAAGCCCUAGAUGUUCCAGAAGGCUUGGCUCCCUCUCUCCACAAUGGACCACAGUCCCCUAAAGGAAGGGGGAAAGGUGUAAUUAAGGGACCCGAGACCCCACAAUCUCCACCUUCUCCUCCUAUGCCAGUGAUCAACAAUGUCUUUAGCUUGGCACCUUACCGGGAUUACCUCGAAGGUUCUUCAGUCUCUCUGGAGAUCCCAAUUUCUAAAACUAGCCACUUGGAAGUGACUUCUCCAAAGGACAGAAGUGUGGACGCCCCCCAUUCGGCACAGCCAAAUGAUCCCAUGUCAUCAGAAGUCCUCAGGGACAAAGAUGUUGGCAACACAAUGUCAGAAAGGAACAAAAGGGAGCAGAGUAACAGUUGCAUCAAGAGAGAGAAUGGAGACGGUGUUGUGACCUGGGACAACAUUGGGCCCCCAGUAUUGUCUCCACAGGGUUCUGUGUCUAGCCAAUCUCCCUCAAAUAGUUGUGUGACAGGCCAGUCUGAGGAAAUGGAGCAUGGCGAUUGUGUGCUAGACCUCAGCUGUAAAACGGAGACCUCAGUGGACAAUCCAAGUGGUCAUCAGAAAGGAAGCUCCAAAAGCAAUGGAACUGAGGUGGGAACAAUAUCAUCCAAUGGACCAGAACUGUUACAAGAAACUAACAGGCCAGUUUCAGAGAUGCCUGUGCAAAACAGCUCCGAAAAAAGGGGCCAUUUUCAGAGCUCUGCAACAUUCCUGUUCAAAAAAUUCAAGAUCCGCAAAUCCCCGUCAACGGAGACAGGCUUGGUUGUGCAGCGAACCCCUUUGUUGUCGCCAACUUCCCAAAUUGCUGUUUCCCCCAAUGGUGUCUGCUCUGUGCCACAAGGCCUUGAGCAAGUGGCAACUCAGCAAAACUGCCCAAUUGUUCCCCAAAGUCCGCUCCAAAACAGCCCAAGAGAACGACAAAGCCCCCAUCAAGGGGCAACUCACUCACCGGUUCAAGACGUGACGCAGCAAAGCUGUCUCCAGGUGGCUACUCAGCCUGAAACAAUGCAAAGUUUGCAAUUGCAAUGUGUGAACAUCCAGCUGCCGGAUAUGUCAACAGUUUUGCUUCCUAGCACAACAGCAGGGUCUCCUGUCCUGGAGACAGCCAAUGUUUCCCCUCCUGCCAGUGACAAACCUCCAGAACCACAGAGUUCCCCUGGGCAGUAUUUCACCAACUUGCAUUCCUCCGUCUGCGCUGUCAUCUCCUGUUCGGUGUCUGCGUCCUCUCCAGAGCAGCUCAAGGAGUGGCUGGAGAAGGCCGAGGCUGAGAAAGCCCUCAAGGAGAAGGCCCUGGGUUCGGCCAAGCACAAGAAUGGCGUGAAGGCCUCCGACGCUGCCAAACCGUCCAAGGGCAAGCAGGUGUGGCUGGCCUUCAAGGACGUGGUGGCCCUCUUUCGGAAGCUUCUCUCUCAGCUGGACACCUUCUUGCUCACCCACAAGUGCCCCUUCCCUCACGUGGUCCGUGCCGGAGCCAUCUUCAUCCCUAUCCAUGUGGUGAAGGAGAAGCUCUUCCCGAACCUCCCUGGGACUUCUGUGGACCACGUGCUGCAGAACCACAAGGUCGAGCUGCGUCCUACCACGCUCUCCGAAGAGAAGCUGCUGAGGGAGUUGGAGCUGAAAAGUUGCACCUCUCGAAUGUUGAAGCUCUUGGCCUUGAAGCAGCUGCCGGACCUUUACCCGGACCUCUUGACCCUUCACUGGCACAAUUGCAUCAAGCAGCAGCUUGGUGAUUGCACCGGGGAGGUUUUGAAUUGCAAGAGUCGGCAGUAGAUGACCUGAAGUGGACAGAGGUGGGUCGGAUGUUUACAGGACUUGAACCAUGCCAGAGAGGUGGAAGCAAGAGAGAGAAUGGAGAUCCGCUCCUUGGAGAAAGUGUACAAACUGUCCUUCCUAGAUCAGCUGUCUGGUGGACAAUGAGCCUUCUGCCUUAAGCUUGAUUUAAGCGAUCCCUCGUUGUCCAAAGAUGAUGGUCCUCCAAGUGAUGUGUCUUGGUGGUGGAUACGUAGGUGGCUGUGGAGCAUGUUCUCCUGCAGUGAGGGCAUCGGUUUCCAGAUGGAAGGCAGUCCUGCUCGAGGUUGGCUUGAUGUGCCUUCCUCUUGGCACGUUUCUCCCUUUCGCCCUCCGUUUGAGCCUCUUCAAAUUCUACAGCACUGCUGGUCGCAGCUGACCUCCAGCUAGAGCGCUCAAAGUGGGCAAAGAGGCGGCACGAGGAGGAAGUUUCCAAAGCUACAAAAUUGUUUUUGACAGCCCAUAACAUGGCCAGCACUCUUCAAGUUCAGUUGACCAAUACCUCAAAGGUCUUUCACCUUCAGAAAUGGGUGGCCUGCAUCAAUGUCUGGAAUGCCUUGCCGGACAUCAGAGGACCUUCCGUCCUUAAGUUGUAAAGAAUAUGGCCUCAUUUUCUGCUCUUUGGGUCAAAACUUGUGUUUGAGUACCCACCAGGAGAACUUCAUUCUUUGUUUAUCCCCUUUAAAGGACAAUAAUGAUCCUAAUGUGUAUGUUUUGUUGCAAGAAGAAUGGGAUUGAAGGACUGCACCAUCUCCAAAAAAAAUGGUGGUAACCUAAUUUUGGUAUUUCAAGUUUGUGUGUAUGUGGCUACAAAUACCACAUUUUAGAAAUGUGAUCCAUUUGCCUUUAUAAGGAGUUGCUGCUGCGUUGAGGUUGUCGUCCAAGACAGUUUACUCAGUUUUUGCAACUACUAACGACACACAUUGAAAUGGACCUCCAAGCUUUUCAAUCAGGGUGCUUUGAUCCAGCUCUUUAGUGACAAAGAAAGAGGGAACGACAUAUUAAAACUGGCAAUUUGAUAAACUGAAAAAAGUUUGUUCUUUUAAUGUUGUGUAACCAUAUUGUAGAAGGCUUCCAUGGCCGGAAUCACUGCAUUGCUGUGAGUUUUCCGGGCUGUAUGGCCAUGUUCCAGAAGCAUUCUCUCCUGAUGUUUCACCUGCAUCUAUGGCAGGCAUCCUCAGAGGUUGCCUGCCGUAGAUGGACAACCUCUGAAGAUGCUUGCCACAGAUGCAGGCGAAACAUCAGGAGAGAAU